UUCUUCUUCUUCUUCUUCUUCUUUUCCUAUUCCACACUGUUGGUGAAAUAAACUAUUUAUUCAACUUCCACGUCUACUAGAUCUUGUUUUAUUUAGGUCUAGUCUUUCUCCUUUCCGUGAAAGUUCUUCCGACUUUGAUUUUCUGCGACGGCGGCCACCCCACUGGGAUCGUUUGUCGCUAAGAAACCCUCACUCAGUUCACACCCAAAACCCCACUGUCUUCCGGUCACAGUUCUUCGCAAGUGAACUUUUCUCUACAACAGUCGCAAUCAUGUCUGCCGAUAAAGGAUUGGAAGAGAUCCCUGAGGGACAGAUCGAGUCUAACUACGAUGAGGUCGUCGACUCCUUCGACUCCAUGGACCUGAAGCCUGAGCUGCUUCGCGGUGUCUACGCUUAUGGUUUCGAGCGUCCGUCUGCCAUCCAGCAGCGUGCCAUCAUGCCCAUCAUCAAGGGUAACGAUGUCAUCGCCCAGGCCCAGUCUGGUACUGGAAAGACUGCCACUUUCUCCAUUUCCGCUCUCCAGAAGAUCGACACCGAACUGAAGGCCUGCCAGGCCCUCAUUGUCGCCCCUACCCGUGAGUUGGCUCAGCAGAUCCAGAAGGUCGUCGUUGCCAUUGGUGACUUCAUGAGCAUCAACUGCCACGCUUGUAUUGGUGGUACUGCUGUCCGCGAUGAUAUGAACGCUCUCCGUGAGGGCCCCCAGGUCGUCGUCGGUACCCCCGGUCGUAUCCACGAUAUGAUCCAGCGCCGUGUCCUGAAGACCGACCAAAUGAAGCUCUUCAUCCUGGAUGAGGCUGAUGAGAUGUUGUCUGUAAGUUUCACUACAUGUUCUCGAACUCACGUGGAACACCGGUAUUGAUCAAAUAAACAGCGUGGUUUCACCGAGCAGAUCUACGACAUCUUCCAGCUCCUCCCCCAGUCUACCCAGGUCACCCUGCUCUCGGCCACCAUGCCCCAGGAUGUCCUUGAGGUCACUACCA